ACGCGCGCCCGUUCUUUUGUCUCUUUGGCCGCACAAGGUGCUGGGUCCUUCAGCUGAAGCUAAGGCCGUUCCAUCCCGGCGACUAGCACCGCGCCCCGCCGCCCGCCCGUUCAGCCAUGGCCUCCAGCUCCGAGCUCGCCUGCAUCUACGCCGCGCUCAUCCUGCACGACGACGAGGUCACUGUCACGGAGGACAAAAUUAAUGCACUUAUUAAAGCAGCUGGAGUAAAUGUUGAACCCUUCUGGCCAGGCCUGUUUGCAAAGGCUCUGGCUAACAUUGACAUCGGAAGCCUGAUCUGUAAUGUAGGAGCUGGUGGUGCUCCACCUGCUGCUGCUCCUUCUGGGGGUGCUGCUCCUGCUGGUGGGGCUGCCCCUGCUGAGGAGAAGAAAGAGGAAGAAAAGAAAGAGGAAUCUGAAGAAUCUGAUGAUGACAUGGGCUUUGGUCUCUUUGACUAAACUGACUUUUUUUUGUACCAUCUGUAAUAAAAGAAACAUUCUUUAAUUGUCCGGGUCUUUAAAGAAUGUGAGGGGACAGAGCAGGGAUUGGGGUUUUGUUGAACUCCUUAAAUGGAGGGGGAUUAGAAACACAAGAUCUUACCCAAAUUGGUCCUGUAUCCUUCCAUGUUCCCAUUGUUUUGUACACAACUAUCAAAAACUCUACCUUUCCUCUGAAAACUUUUUACUCACAUGCAGGGACAGCAUAAAACUGUUCUUGUAUUAGUUACUGUAACAGUUUGAAGAUAUUAGCUGAAGUUGCCACCAUAUUCCGGUCCAGCUUGUGAAGGCAUGCAUGGGAAAUCGGGGCUGUCACUUGCCUAGUAAAAUGGCACUUCAAACUGUCCAGUGGGACUACUCUUUGAAGUAUACACAAUACUAAGCCUGCUAGUGGCUCUAAAUUAAGGAGGAUGAGUAGGACUAGGGGUUGUUCUCAGCUUUGAUCCCCUUUUUCCAGUAGAACUACACUAGGAUGUUUAAUCAUUCAGCCAAGGCAUUUUCAGGAAGCA